CGUCGCCGCUCCAAACGAGGCCGCAUUCCUUCUUGUCUGACGCUAGGACCAACGACACGAGAGACGGCGCCCAUCUUUCACUAAAAUCGCUCUCGUCCGAGCUAUCUUCCGCCAUGGACUCUCCGGCGACUACCGUGGGAGCACCCGAUGCCGAGACCGUUGUGGCAAAGGCUGAGGGGCAGGAAUCUUCACCAACCGAGUCAGCGAACUCUGAUGUCCUGGUAGAGGUGGAGAGACUAAAGGCCCUUGCUGCUGAGAGGGAGUUCGCCGAGAGGGAACUUGCCGAACGGUACGCCCAGCUGGAGGAACAACACCAGCACACUCUCGAUGUGGUGGAGGAACUCAAAACGGAGGUUGCAAAGGCCCAAGCCGCGACCACCGAAGCCCAAUCGCCAAAGGGUAACACCCCAGUGAUCCGCCGCAAGUCAAGCCAGAACGUCAUGAUUAUUGAUCGCGCCCAUCGGUCGUUUGCAUCGCUACGGAACAUUGCGGCUGAGAAUUUCGAGGACCAGCCCGAUGUCAUGCAGAACUUUGAGCUCAACCUCAACUCGGCCAUGCACGAGCUCCACUCUCGGUCGGAGCGUAUCCAGGAACUCGAGGCGGAUGUCACAACGGCUAAAAAGGAGAUGGAGACAAAGAUGACCAUCAUCUCUGGGCUAACGCGCGAACGGUCCAGCUUGAAGGCGACCUCCCCUAUGGAUAUGGCUAUGGUGUCAAAUCUCCGCGAGCAGCUCGAACAAAGCGAGAGGCGAAUCAGGGAGAUGCAGGCGGCGCAUUCCGCGCGGGAGAAGGAACUGGAGGCGCAGUUGGCCGAGCUGCAAGAGUCGCUGAAGCAGGCUACUUUGGCAGCAGAAAAGACCCCUGCAUCCACCGAGGCGGUCGUCGAGCCCCAAGACUCCGUGAGACAAGCUCCGGUUGACUCGGACGGCUCCGCGACAGAUGUCAAGGAAGUUGCCGAGAUGCAAGAGUCCCUCAAGCGAGCUAACCUUGCGGCGGAGGAAUCGGCCGAAUCGGCCAGAGUGGCUUCUGAGGAAUCAGCGGCUCAGAUCGAGUUACGGGAGAAGAAAAUCUCGGAGCUUACAUCAGAACUCUCCGGCUGGGAGGACAGGCACAGCACAGCAUUGCAAAGCAUGCGCGACGCCGAGGCACAGAUGGCCAAGACCAUCGGGGAACUUGAGACCCAGCUUGCCUCUGUUUCGGAACAGCUGGCCGAGACCGGGCAGAAGAAGCCCGAGGAAGAGGAGGCGCUCAAGGAGGCCGAGGCCAAGCACAAGAGCCUGGUUGACUUCUUGAGAAGUGAGAUUGAUGAGUACAAGGGCCUCAUCAACAGCAAUCAGUCCAAGGUUACCGAGGUCGAGCAGCAACACAUGGCCACCAAGAAGCUCCUCGAGAUGGCCACGCAUGACCGUGACGAGGCUACGAGCGAGCUGGAAGCCCGCAAGGAGCUGGUCGCGAAGCUGGAGGCACAGAUCGCCGACCACGAGCAGGCCCUCAAGGCGCACCAGGAGAGCCUCGGCGAGCUGGAAUCGAAGCACGCCAGGGACGUCGAGGAAAUGACGUCUUCUUCAAAGCAAGACGUGGAAUCUCAGCUGGUGACACUCAAGUCCGAGCAUGCCGGUCGGAUUAGCAAACUCGAGGGUGACCUAACCGAGGCCCGCGAAGACCUCAUGAAGGUUGCCACGCAGGUCGCAUUUGCUCUUGGCUUGGAUGUCAGCGUCGAGAGGAUCUCGGAGCGCCUCGAAGAGCUCGUCUCGUAUCAAAAGGCCCUGCUUCAGGAGCAGGAGAAGAGGGCAGAGCUCGAGAACCACGUGGUGGACCUGUCCAACAUCAACGACACGGUCAUGCGCGAUCUCGAGACCGUCAAGGCGAGCUUGGCCGAAGUUCUCGAGGCGGAAAGCGCCAAAGCACAAAGCGCCUACCCGAUCGAGGAGCAGGUCGCCUUGGUCAAGAAGAAGGUGGUGGAUCUCGAAAGCAAGAACAAGAAGAACUCGCGGCUUGUCGAGGAGCUCGAGGACCAGCUGCAGAACAACUACGACCAAGCGCAGAUGGCCAGCAACCGCCUCUCAACACUGCAGAUGGAGCGAAACGUCCAGCUGGAGGAGGCCAAUGCUGCCAAGAUCAAGCUGCAGGGAGAGCUGGAUGCCAUCCGGGAGGAAUACACCUCUCUCCAGGUCAAGUUGGAGGGCAUGCACUCGGCGGCCGGGCUCCCGGAGCGAUCCGACUCCCUCACAGGCCAAGUCCGCAAGAGCUCCUCGGUGGCCUCCCUCCCCUCGCCACCGCCCGCCAUCCCGCUGCCCCCUCUCCCCAACGGGUCGGGCGCCAACCCAGGCACGACCUCCCCCACCCCGCGCCCGCCCAGCAAGGACAUCGGCGGCACCUCGGCCGCGGCCUCGGUCGGCAUCAUCCAGAUCCAGGAGGACCAGGAGGCGCGGAUCCGGCUGAUCGAGAAGCACCUGAAAGCCGAAAAACAACUGACGGCGACGCUGGAGGAGGCGCUGACGGACCUGGAGCGGCAGCAGAACACGAUCCGGGCCGAGUGCGACGCGUGGCGGCGGCGCGGCGACGAGCUCGAGGCCGAGCUCAAGGAGCUGCGCGACAAGCCCGAGCAGGAGCACCGCUACAGCAUGCAGCAGGUCGAGGAGGAGCGCCGCAAGCGCCGCGACGCCGAGAUCGCCCGCGCCCACCUGGAGGAGCGCAUGAAUACGAUUGCGAAGAAGAAGAAGAAGGGGAGCCUGAACUGCUUUUAAGGGGGCGGUUGUGGGUGUGGGUGUGGGUGUGGGUGUGGUCGGGUGGCGGUGGUGGUAGUGGUUUUGGUGCUGUUGCUGGUUUUAC